CACCUGGAGGAUGCUUUGCAGGGGGGUGCAGAGGCUGGGGUGGCUGGGACGGAGGUGUGGGCAGUGGGGCCCCCCGCCCCGCGGAGGAUGCAGUUCUUUGGCCGCCUGGUGAAUACCCUCAGCAGCGUCACCAACUUGUUCUCCAACCCGUACCGCGUGAAGGAGGUGGCCAUCAUCGACUACACCCUGAGUGAGCGCCUCCGGGAGGAAGGGCAGCUGAUCCUGUUCCAGAAUGUUCCCAAUCGCACCUGGGACUGCAUCCUAGUCAGCCCCAAGAACUCACAGAACGGCUUCCGGCUCUUCCAGCUGGAGUCCGAGGCCGAUGCUCAGGUGAACUUCCAGCAGUACUCAUCGCAGCUGCCGCCCUUCUAUGAGAGCUCCACGCAGGUCCUGCACGUGGAGGUCCUGCAGCACCUGACCGACCUCAUCCGCAACCACCCCAGCUGGUCGGCCGCCCACCUGGCCGUGGAGCUGGGCAUCCGCGAGUGCUUCCAUCACAGCCGCAUCAUCAGCUGUGCCAACAACACAGAGAACGAGGAAGGCUGCACCCCCCUGCACCUGGCCUGCCGCAAGGGGAAUGGGGAGAUCCUGGUGGAGCUGGUGCAGUACUGCCAUGCCCAGAUGGACGUCACGGACAACAAGGGGGAGACGGCCUUCCAUUACGCCGUGCAGGGCGACAACUCCCAGGUGCUGCAGCUCCUGGGCAAGAAUGCCUCGUCGGGCCUGAACCAGGUGAAUAACCAGGGGCUGACGCCGCUGCACCUGGCCUGCCAGAUGGGGAAGCAGGAGAUGGUCCGCGUGCUGCUGCUCUGCAACGCCCGCUGCAACGUGAUGGGGCCCGGCGGCUACCCGAUCCACACCGCCAUGAAGUUCUCCCAGAAGGGGUGUGCUGAAAUGAUUAUCAGCAUGGACAGCAACCAGAUCCACAGCAAAGACCCUCGCUAUGGAGCCAGCCCCCUCCACUGGGCCAAGAACGCUGAGAUGGCGCGCAUGCUGCUGAAGCGGGGCUGCGAGGUGGAGAGCACCAGCGCUUCGGGGAACACGGCUCUGCACGUGGCCGUGAUGCGCAACCGCUUCGACUGCGUCAUGGUGCUGCUGACCUACGGGGCCAACCUGCGGGCGCCCGCGGCGGAGAACGGCAACACCCCGCUGCACCUGGCCAUGUCGCAUGUACUGGUCACUGCUGUGUUGCAUGGGUCUUUACCCAGCAUGCUGUGCACCGGGUAUCAGCUUCUCAAUGGCCUGCGGGUUAGAACGACACAUAGACAUGGUCAAGGCCUCAUUGUGUUUGGAGCGGAAGUGGACACCCCAAAUGACUUCGAGACUCCUGCAUUAAUAGCCUCCAAGAUCAGCAAACUGGUCACCAGAAAGGCGCUCUUGGCCUUGCUGAAAACCGUGGGGGCUGAAUACCGUACCCAGGCCUCCCAGGGCCCCUCGGCUCAGGGCUCCGCACAUCACCUCACUCUUCCUCUCCCUGGAGAGAGCUCAGCCCCAUCGAUCAGCUUGAACAACCUAGAGCUGCAGGACCUCCUGCCCAUCUCCCCCCGGAAGCCAGCGUUCAUCCUGAGCUCCAUGAGGGACGAGAAGCGGACCCACGAUCACCUGCUCUGCCUGGACGGAGGGGGCGUGAAAGGCCUGGUCAUCAUCCAGCUCCUCAUCGCCAUCGAGAGGGCCUCGGGCAUGGCCACCAAAGACCUCUUUGACUGGGUGGCGGGGACCAGCACGGGGGGCAUCCUGGCCCUGGCCAUCCUGCACAGCAAGUCCAUGGCCUACAUGCGUGGCGUGUACUUCCGCAUGAAGGAUGAGGUGUUUCGGGGCUCGAGGCCCUACGAGUCGGGGCCCCUGGAGGAGUUCCUGAAGCGGGAAUUUGGGGAGCACACCAAGAUGACGGAUGUCAGGAAGCCCAAGGUGAUGCUGACCGGGACACUGUCUGACAGGCAGCCUGCUGAGCUCCACCUCUUCCGGAACUACGAGGCUCCAGAGGCCGUUCGGGAGCCCCGCUUCAGCCAGAAUAUUAACCUAAAGCCGCCAACCCACCCCUCAGACCAGCUGGUGUGGCGGGGCCGGAGCAGUGGGGCGGCCCCCACCUACUUCCGGCCCAACGGGCGCUUCCUGGACGGCGGGCUGCUGGCCAACAACCCCACGCUGGACGCCAUGACCGAGAUCCAUGAGUUCAACCAGGACAUGAUCCGCAAGGGCCAGGGGAACAAGGUGAAGAAAUUGUCCAUCGUUGUCUCCCUGGGGACAGGGAGGUCCCCGCAGGUGCCGGACUGUGUCGAUGUCUUCCGUCCCAACCCCUGGGAACUGGCCAAGACUGUUUUUGGGGCCAAGGAACUGGGCAAGAUGGUGGUGGACUGUUGCACGGAUCCGGAUGGGCGGGCCGUGGACCGGGCCCGGGCCUGGUGCGAGAUGGUGGACAUCCAGUACUUCAGACUGAACCCCCAGCUGGGCAUGGACAUCAUGCUGGACGAGGUCAGCGACGCCGUGCUGGUGAACGCGUUGUGGGAGACGGAGGUGUACAUCUACGAGCACCGGGAGCAGUUCCAGAAGCUGGUCCAGCUGCUGCUCACUCCCUGAGCCCCUGCCCCGCCGUGGCGAGGGGCCGGCAGAAGCCGGGCGGGCAGCUCCGGGGUCACCAGGGGCCGGCGGCUUCUUCCGGGGGCUAGCCUCCCUGCCUUGCGACUCCAGGCUCCCCCCGGCCCCUUUCCUGACUUGCCUGAGGGACCAAAACGAGGGGAGCCCCACCCUGCUGGGCCCAGAGGCCUGUGAGGGCUCCCCCAUGUUCCAGGAGUACAGCCCGCCCCAUCUACCCCCUUCCCCGGGGAUGGGGGCCAGCAGAAUGGGGAGUCUACUGCUACCAGCACUCAUGGAAACACAGGCCCCAGGAGUGGGGUAUCCCAUUCAACUUUGCCUCUGCACACCCUGGCACCCCACCCCUAGAGCCGCCCAGCUCCCAAAGGUCACUCCUUGAGCUCACUUCCCUGCCGAGGCGCUGUGAGAACAGGAGAGGCCACCCCCAAACUGUGAAAUAAAUUAUUCUGACUCAGG